AUGUCCGAGAUGGCCAAGUAUCCGGACGUCAACCCCAAAAUCGGAUACGAGUUUGGGAAGGUUCAGAGGUCCCUUGACAAACAGAUCAAAGUUGCGAAGGACGCCAACGCCUACGACUCAGUCACGAUCUUGAAUUCGGCGAACCGCAAGUUGACCACCACGAAGGACGUCUACAAGGCCACCGCGGCUUACUUGCCCGCCAAAGGGGCGUACAAUGACAUCUCCUUCAGCCAGGACCUUGCCAAGGAAAGCUUCGACACUCUGCAGCUGCUUUGCCUGCUAAGGCUGUGGUGA